CUUGCGGCACUGAACCAUGUUUUUCGCUUACUAACAGGGUAUGAACAUGGGGGAGGAACAACGCACUUUGACCGUGCAGUACACCCAAGAAUGGCCAGGGGGCGCUCAGGGACGUAUCCUCCUACCCAACAGCCGCAGAACCCUUUCCAACUGGCGUGUGGAAGUGCAGUUUCCCUGCCCUGAACUCAACUUCAGCGUGUGGAACGCAGAGAGUGAUAGUUCCAGUGGAAUGAUGUCACAUGGUCUGUACGUGCUGCGGCAGACAGAGGGGUGGAUGCUGAACAAGGACCACAUCGGCUUCACCGUUCACAGAGCGCCAUCUUGCGAUUUUGAAGCUAACGACAUCGACGCAAGACUCGUGUCGAUGUAAACUUGGCUGGAAACAAACAAAAUUCUAAGGUGUUCACAAACAUGAUCAUUUUGAACCUUUAUGAUAGUUUGUAUGAAAUGGCCUGAACUCGUCUCAUUGAAUGAUUCUUAAUUUUCAAAAACAUUAUGCUCGCUGCAGGCUCUUUGCACAGCUUAUG